CUUUGCAAUUCUCCGUACGUAGUACUAGCUUUUGUUUACUCAGUCUAGGCACAUGCAACUGCUGUCAAAUUGUGUACUCGAUCAAAGACCAAUCAACGCCAUGCCUUUUAUACAGCGUGCGGUAAAUUCGGCCCCAGAGAUACAGGGAAUAAAAGAAAUGUGCAACACAGUACUUAAGCUUCAUGUCCAACAGCACCAAACCACGUGUUGACGAUGAGGACGACGUCGAUGAUCUCGACGAUGUCCUGGAUCAGUUUACUCCGUCCAAGGCUCCCGCGUCCAGUUUAUCUCAACCAUCGACGUCAUCACCUGCUGUGAAUGAAUCAACCUCGUCCAAACGAAAUACGUCUUCAUCAAAUGCCGACUUCGAAGCUGACUUUGCGAAAUCGCUGGCUGAAGAAAUGGAGGCUCUUUGGCGCGGUUUUUCGCAACAAGGAGCGACUGAAGGUAUAACCCAUGAAGACGAGACCGCAGAACAACGAGAAGAGCGGGAGCGUACCCUUGCAGCAACUUGGGAAGCCAUGCUGAUAGAAGAGAUGGAUGGCGCGACCGACCCAUCGCUCACACAGGGAGCACCACCUAUUACCCCGAAAACUGGCGAAAACUUGAAGGACGACUUCCAAUCACGCAUUCGGAACACUAUGAACAAGCUCAAGGAGAGCGAGUCAGGCUUGAAGUCAUCGGAUCCGAGCAGUUCUGCUCCUAAUGCUGAUUCACUCGAGGCGCUUCUAUCUCAAUUCGGAGACGAGGAUGAAGAAGAGAUGCAGGGUGUCCUAGAAGCCAUGAUGGGCCAGCUUAUGGGCAAGGACGUCCUGUACGAGCCCUUAAAAGAACUUUCGGACAAGUUCCCGGACUACCUCAAGGCCAAUGCAGCUACACUAACGGCCGAUGAUAAGUCACGCUACGAUGCACAGAUCAUCUGCAUGAAGCAACUCCUCGAAAUUUUUGAAUCGAAAGAUUACGCUGACAACGACGACAAGACGAGACUUGAAAUCGUCGACCUCAUGGGCGAGCUUCAAAAACACGGGUCUCCCCCAGAGGAAAUCAUGGGCCCAUUGCCCCCCGGAUUGAGCAUGGGCGCUGACGGUAUGCCAAAUAUGCCGGAUAACUGUAUCAUCAGUUGAAUGCCUAUCGGCCGAGGGAAUGAAUAGCUUUAAGGGAAUACCUGAGCUUUUCGAUAUCCGGUGGACCCUUCGCCCUCUGAUGCUACAUUUAUGGCUGAGCGACUUGGGGUUUGAAUCAUGCUCUAGAGUUCUUCGGGAUGAGUCGCAACUCAUCUAUCACGUACAUGAUGAAAUCGACGCCGCGGC